AUGGCGCAAAAUCAACCAAAGCCGCCUGAUUUGGGUGUUCAAUCAAAUCAACAAGCUACUGAUCGAUCUUUGAAUCCUAAUACCAAUUUGAAUCAAUCACGUUCUAAAUGUAGAACUAGGCAGUUCUAUAGGCCGAAGAACAAUAAUGGAAACCCUAUUCUUACGGAGUUACGAAACAGAUUGAAGAUGGAAAUCAAGGCGCCGCUUGGUAGGCGAUUGGAUUUCAAAACCAUAACUUUUGAGGAUGCCAAAAGAGAUUUAUUGAAUCAAUGGAAGCUUACUGGUUCAGUUCAAAUUAUCCCAUGGAUUAAGGGUUAUUUUGUUAUCAAACUAGACAAUGAAGAUGAUCGUAAGAGAGUUAGUUAUAAUGGUCCAUGGAAAACUAAACAACAACAGUUGAAGGUUCAACCAUGGACACCUAUGUUCGAUCCUGAAUCGGAAAAAGUUACAAAAGCUGCAGUUUGGGUUCGUUUUAAUUAUCCUCCAUGGGAAUUUUGGGAUGAAGAAACGCUAUUUAGAAUGGCUAGAGGUUUUGGAUAG